AUGUCAUCCUCUGUUCAUUUCAAAUUCAAAUCCCAAAAGGAACCCUCGCGGGUUACCUUUGAUGGCACUGGUAUAUCUGUCUUUGAGCUGAAGCGCGAGAUCAUCAACCAGAGUAAAUUGGGAGAUGGAUCUGAUUUUGAGUUGGAAGUCUAUGCGGAGGAUACCGGUGAAGAAUAUGACGAUGAUACGACCAUCAUUCCCCGAUCGACCUCGGUCAUUGCCCGUCGAUUGCCUGCCGCACGUCCGGGCAAAGGUGGUGCGGCCCGCUAUGUCUCCGGCAAGAUGCCCGUGAAUGCUCGCAAUGCCUCUCGAAUCGAACCGUCCAUUACUCGAGCUGCACCGGGCCUGGGGGGAUCGGUGACUAACAACGUGCUGGAGCUCAACAAUGCGCAGACUGAAGAGGAAAAGAUCAAUGCGCUGUUCAACCUGCAGGCUAGUCAAUGGAAGGAGCAACAGCAGGAAAUGGCCAAUGCCACACCUGUUCCUUUUGGACGAGGCCGCGGCAAGCCUGUCAAUGUGCCCGAUCACCCUCCACCCCCUGGGUAUCUCUGUUACCGCUGCCGGGAGAAAGGCCACUGGAUCCAGGCAUGUCCAACGAAUAACGAUCCCAAAUUCGAUGGCAAAUACCGUGUCAAACGGUCGACUGGCAUUCCUCGAUCAUUGCAAACCAAGGUCGACAAGCCAGACUCCAUGGCACCCGAUGGGACCGGUGAUGACUCGCGUAACACGGGCGUCAUGGUGAAUGCGGAUGGUGACUUUGUCGUCGCGCGACCGGACAAGGCCGCCUGGGAACUAUAUCAAGAAAAAGCCAAGGCCUCGGCUGCGGCUGCAGCAGAAGCCGCCGCGGCCGAGGAGAGCAAGGAAUUGCAAGCCCGUGGUCUCGAAUGUCCAAUCGACAAGAGAAUGUUCCUCGAGCCCACCAAGACCCCCUGUUGCCAGCGCACCUAUUGCAAUGACUGUAUCUCCAAUGCCCUGAUUGAAAGUGACUUUGUCUGCCCUGGCUGUUCCACCGAGGGUGUCUUACUGGAUAAUUUGACGCCGGAUGAUGACGCGGCAGCCAAGAUUAAAGCUUACGAGGCAGACAAAGCUGAGGCGAAGAAGGAGAAGGAGAAGCAGGCUAAUCAGCCUGCUUCCCCCAACGGGUCCGCGACGAACGGCGUAGUUACCAACGGACACGGAUCUCCCAAGACUGCGACGUCAACGACGACGACAAUAACGAAGGACCGCUCCCCCUCCCAUCCGCCGGGAGAUGACCUUCCCAGACAUGGCCAGAAAAGAUCCGCCGAGGACGAACCUGUCCGUGACCAGACAGAUAGCACCGACUCUGGCAGUGCGUCCAAGAAACUGAAGAGUGACGAUCACUCCGAGACCGCCAGUGCCGGUACUGGGGCUAACAAUACCCCCGCCGCUACUCCUUCGACUGCGCACGGCACCCCUCAAACCAAGACUCCUGGGCCCAUGCCUAACCAUACGAUGCCGUUCAAUCCGCAGAUGCCCUUUGGUGACUUCACCAACAUGAUGCCUUCUUUCCCCAACGGCGGGUUUGAUCCAAACGGAAUGCCCUUCAUGAACCCGAUGGGCAUGCCCAACGGCUUCCCUAACCCCAUGGGCCCCGGUUGGAAUGCGAUGAACAUGCCUUUCCCGCCCAUGCAGGGCAACAUGUUUGGCAACCAGAACCCAGGCUUCCCUAAUAUGUUCAAUGGAGAUCCCUCGAUGAUGUUUGGCAUGGGCGGCAUGGGAGGGAUGCCGAACCAGAACAACGGCUUCCCGACCCAGCCGAUGAACAACUUUGCCAAUCAACAACGCACCGCCUUCAGCGGGCCGUAUGCCCGGGAGGAGGACUCGCCGUACUUCCGACAGCCGGUGAACCCCCAACGACACCAAGCGCGGAAUCGACGGGUCCGACCGAGCGAUUAUCGCGAGCUGUAG